AUGUCGAAGAAACAGAGCAAGCAGUAUGAUCGUCCUUUGCCUAUCAAUAUCAUCAAUCUACCUGUGGUCACUCACAAUCCAAUUUCUUGGAUCUGGUGUCUAGGUUCUUAUGUUAAACAAUGGUUCCAGUUGAAGCAGAGUGUAGUCGAUAUACAAUACUGCGAUGGUAUAUUCAAAGUUUCGGGUUCUCACUACAUGAACGAAGUUUGGAAUAGUGGCUUUAUUGGAAAGGGUAUAUUAUCCCGUUCCGAACCCACUUGGUUGCACAGAACUCGAAGAAGGUUGGGGCUGGACCCGCUGUUUGAUGAGAGUGGUCGAUUGUUGCUUACAAACGAAGAAACCGUUCAGAUUCGUCGAGAGGAAAGAAAAAAGUUUAAGCUUAAGCGGGAAGAACUAGAGGCGCAAGAAAAUUAUUUCAAAACUACUGGAGAUAUGACUUCUUUGCAAAAGGUGACCAAAUUGAAAAGAAUUUUGAUCGAGGACAAUAAGCAACUUCAACGCAAACCGUUACGUGAACUUAUAAUGGAAAAUUACUCGGUGGCUGGAGACAAGAAAGAGCAGACAAGGGCUGAUUCUGCUUUAUUUAUCGAUGAGACUCAUAUCAAAGAUCUUGAAUAUCUCCAGUUGAUGCCAGUGGAGGCCCUCUUUUUAUCAUUUUGCUUUGGCUCCAAAGUAAAUGAUUUUGAUUUGUUUCAGUUGUUCCAACUAUGUAUGAAUCGCUCUUUGGAAGUGGAUAACUCUUUCAUUUUGUUAUACAUGGUUUAUCAUCAUUACAAGAGCCACGGCUGGUGUGUAAAAUCAGGAACCAAAUUUGGAUCAGAUUUUCUACUGUACCGAAGAGGCCCUCCAUUUCAACAUGCUGAAUUUGCUGUGCUGGUUCAACCUGAUUAUAAACCAAGCGAUUCUCCAUCUAACGAAUGGAUCGAUAUAUCAGCUAUCAGCAGAGUAGUUGGCGGUGUUAACAAGACGUUGCUAUUGACAUAUGUUACCCAGCCUACAAAGGAUGCAUUUCAGCAGGCUUUGACUAUGUUUUCAGAGUCUCCAACUCCCCAUUCUUUGAGAAAUCUCCUGGAACUGUACCACAUUGACGAAUUUAUAUACAGGAGAUGGCUACCAAGCCGAAAUAGAGCGUGA